AUGACUCAUCGAGCACGUUUAUUACUAGGUGCUUAUCAUCAAGAAUUACCAUUAAAAUCUUCUAUUGAAAAUCAAAAAUAUAUAAUUGAAAUGAAGUCUGCGCCCUACAUCUGUUAUGGAAACUGUUUAUAUGUUGAAUCAAAAAUAAGUAAUGUAACAGGAAUUUCAGGAGUUAAUAAUAAAAAUUCUGUUAUAGAAUAUAAAUCGUUCUGUUACGCCGUUAAUUCUGUAUUCAUGCCUAAUUUUCCGAUUUUAUUAAGACACGAAGGCAAAUGGGUUCGAAUUCAACCACACCAUUUAAAAGAUAUGACAUUUAGAUUAGUUGAUUUUCAAGGCGAACCAAUUGAAAUUAAAGCUCCUGUUCAAAUGACUAUAGAAGUUGAUUUUUGGUCUAAUAUAAGAGCUAAUGGACUAGAUGAUGAACCAGGGAGCCGCUACGCGACGGGGCUUCGCCCUUAA